GAUAAUUGACAUUGACGGCUUGAGCGACAUAUCAGUAACCAUAGCAACAAGUUUUGUUUAUUUCGUUUAAGUUUUAGGUUAUAAACGAAAUUGUACCUGUACAUUGUAAUUGUAUCUUAGAAAUUAUUUUAACAUGGAAAACGGCGAUACACCUCAAAUUAUAACUCAUAUAGAGCAUAACCUUAAUCAUUGUUUAUUUGAUUGUAAAUGGAUUCCAUGUUCUGCUAAAUUCGUUGUAAUCGGUUCGUUGCCAAAAGGAAGUGGUACUUUAGAAAUUUUCGAAAUAAACUCCGGUGAACUAAGAAAAAUAAAGGAAAUCGAAAGACCUAAUUCUUUCAAGUGUGGUACGUUUGGCGCCAGUAGUGACAUUGAGAGAAAACUUGCGACUGGUGAUUUCAAGGGGGCUUUAGAAAUAUGGGAUUUAGAAAAAAGUGGUCAAAUAUACAUAACAAAGGAACACACAGAUAUUAUAAAUUCCAUUGAUGGCAUGGGAGGAAAUACUCUCAACUGUGGAGCACCAGAGAUAGUCACAGGAAGCAGAGAUGGUACCGUAAAAGUUUGGGAUCCUAGACAAAGAGGUAAACCUGUAGCGAAUAUGCAGCCGGUCCAAGGAGAGACAAGACGUGAUUGUUGGGCUGUUGCUUUUGGUAAUUCUUUUAAUGACGCUGAGAGAAUAGUCAUUGCUGGCUACGAUAAUGGAGAUCUCAAGAUGUUUGAUCUUCGAACAAUGUCUUUGAGAUGGGAAUGUAAUUUGAAAAAUGGUGUAUGCUACACUGAAUUUGAUCGCAAAGACAUACCAAUGAAUAAACUUGUUGCAACAACAUUAGAAGGCAAGUUUCAUGUAUUUGAUUUGAGAACUCAGAACCCUUCAAAAGGAUUCGCUCAGGUGUUAGAUAAUUCAUCAAAAAGUGGUACAAUUUGGGUGGCACGUCAUGUUCCCCAGAAUCGAGAUUUGUUUUUAACAUGUGCUGGGAAUGGACAAGUUUCUUUAUGGAAAUAUGAAUACCCGGAGCAGAGAUACCACGUGGACUCGCAAGGCGUUGCAGUUGGAGUCCCGGGCAAGCUGAGAAGGUUACAGCGGAUGGUAAUCAGCUCGCAGCCGAUCAACUCACUCGAGUGGAACAGAGACCACCUGGGUCUUGCUGUGGCCACCGCUUACGACCAAUAUGUUAGAGUUCUCGUUACAACCAAACUUAAUUUACAGUAGUGUUGCAUAUCGAUAGUUAAGGUGUUAGCG